AUGGACGGGUUAGCCAGGGUUCCCUCCCCCAGCCGUCUAACGCCUCCUACUCCUCCCCGCUGGCCUCCUCUCCUCUCCAGAGGAAUGCAUCCCUCUACACCCCUGUCCUCUCCCCUUAUCAGACCCAGUCCUCCUCACCUCGUCUCUCCGGUGCCACGCUCAGCCCCUCGGCUCCGCAACGCUUCCUACGCCUCCCCCGCUCUUCACAGACCUCCUCCUCCCUCCUCCUCCUCCCCAACGCUGUCCGCCACUCUUAGCUCCUCCCGCCGCCUACGGGGGUCAGCAUUCCGCCUGCCCGACGGUUCCGUGAUGAUGUCGGGGGGUGCCGAGGGGAACGAGAGGAGUGGAGGUUCUCCUGGUUCCGUCUCUCUGAUGUCUAAUGCUCUGCAGAACACCAGCAUGAGACAAGCUACCUACCGCCUACCAGACGGUUCUCUGGUCACCAGGACUGAACCCAAUCCUCAACCGUCCUCCUUCUCUCCGAACCUCUCCUCCGCUCUCCUCAACCCCAACAUGCAACAGGCUACUGACCCGGACCCAGCCCAGCACCCCCAGCUUGGCAAUGCCCUACAGAACCAGAACCUCCGUGGGGCUUCCUACCGCCUGCCGUCCUCGCUGGAGGAUCCCGGAGGGGGGCGACACGCCGUGGUCAUGCCCCAGGUGCAGGGCUCUGGGCUGGGGAAAGGGGCAGGGCAUCACUGGGCUCAGGGCCCAGGGCCUGGGGCUGGGAUGGGGACACAGCCCGGGGGUCCAAGGGAGCAGGUGGACGUAUGGGGGUCAGAGACAGUGCUGCCCCACCCCACCGUCCAGAACCUCACCAAGUGGUCCAUGUACCGGGAUGAGGAGCUACUGGACCCACCGGGGCCCCUCCACCAUGGACAGAGAGAGAUGGAAGACCUGGAGCCGGACUGGGCUCCUAACAGGGAAGGGGAACCCACUGGGCCCUGGUAUGAUAAGAUGUUCUUCAUCCGCAGCCUGCCCAGCACGGCGUACCGGGAGCAGCGGGAGGAAGACGGAGUCGAGGACAUGACACAGCUGCGGGAGCUGUCUGAAAGAGCUGUGCUGCUCAACCUGAAGAAGAGGUUUGAGAGACGGGUCGUCUACACAUAUAUAGGCAGUAUCCUGGUCUCAGUGAAUCCCUACAGGAUGUUCAACAUGUAUGGAACUGACAUGGUGUUGAAGCACAAGGGAUCCGCUCUGGGAGAGAACCCUCCACACCUGUUUGCCAUAGCAAACGUCUCCUACACCACAAUGAUGGAUGCCAAACAGAACCAGGUUAUUAUAAUCAGCGGGGAGAGCGGAUCAGGGAAGACUGAGGCCACUAAACUAUUGCUGCGUUACCUAGCAACAAUACACCACACACACACCGUUACACAGCAGAUUCUUGAGGCAGCACCUCUUCUAGAAUCGUUUGGAAACGCCAAAACGGUUCGCAACGACAAUUCCAGUCGCUUCGGGAAAUACGUGGAGAUCUAUCUGGAGGAGGGUGUGAUCAGCGGUGCCAUAACCUCUCAGUAUCUGAUGGAAAAGUCCCGUAUAGUCUUCCAGGCCAAAGAUGAGAGGAACUACCACAUAUUCUACGAGAUGCUGUCAGGUCUCCCUCUCCAACAGAGACAGGCCUUUUACCUGCAGGAGGCCGAGACAUAUUAUUACCUGAACCAGGGAGGGGAUUGUGGGAUAGCAGGAAAGAGUGACAGGGAGGACUUCCUCCGUCUGCUGGUUGCCAUGGAGAUCCUUCACUUCACCCCUGACGACCAGGCGUCCAUCUUUAGAGUCCUGUCGUCUAUUCUACACCUGGGGAAUGUCUACUUCCAACGUCACGAGGCGGACGGCCAGGAGGUGGCGACGGUGGUCAGCGCUCAGGAGAUCAGAGUCGUAGCUGAACUGCUUCAGAUCUCUCCAGAGGGACUCCAGAAGGCCCUCACACACAAAGUCACGGAGACGAUGAGGGACAAAAUCUACACCCCUCUGACUGUAGAGAGCGCUGUAGACGCCAGAGAUGCUGUUGCCAAGAUCCUGUACUCUCUGUUGUUCCACUGGCUGACUGAGAGGAUUAAUGGACAGGUUUACCCUCGACAUCACGCUCUGUCAAUAUCUGUACUGGAUAUAUAUGGCUUUGAGGACCUGUCCUUCAACAGCUUUGAGCAGCUCUGUAUUAACUAUGCUAAUGAGUACCUGCAGUUCCUCUUCAACGGGAUCGUUUUCAGACAGGAACAGGAGGAGUACAACAGAGAGCAGAUCCCGUGGCAGGACAUCCCGUUCAACGACAACCAGGCCUGCAUCGACCUCAUCUCCUCUAAGCCCCAUGGAGUACUGAGGAUCCUGGACGAUCAGAGCUGCUUCCCCAGGCGACAGACCACACCUUCCUCCAGAAGUGUCAUUAUCACCAUGGUAACAACAAGAUCUACCUGA